AUGUAUGUUGUUGCUACACUGAGGGCCAUUCUUUGCCUCGUUUUCGUAAAUGUAGUGAUUUGUGUUCGUUUUGAGUCUAAAUUUGACUCCAAAGAUGGGUGUAAACUUAAAUUUUGCAGCAAUUCUUUAUUUUUUGUAAAUUGCCUGAAAAAUUUAUCGCAACUUGGCGGCGCUUGUUGCCGUCUUAAGUACAACGGCAAAACUGCCUUUUAUCGCUCGAGGGCCCCUUUAAACUCGUCUGAACAUGACGAUAAGGGCUCGGACGGUGACUUGGACAGGAUUCUCAUUGGCCUUGAGAACCCUCAGGACAUCAGGGGCCCUUACAUCUCUCCCGACGGCAUGGUCGUCAAUAAAAAGAAGAUGCUCUACUCCACCGGUGAACUGUGCCACGUGGACGACUUCUUUGAGGGCAAGUUCCGCGUGGAGUGGACCGUCAGGGGCGUCAAGGAGGUUUGGCGCGUUUUUGUCACUUUUUUUCAGAAGCUUCAGUACCGCUACAGGGACACUCACACUCUGCCCCUUAGCACCAGCCGCUUCACCCUCGCUGGCAUCAAGGGUUUCGUUCUCAGACUAUGGCUUGACGGCCACAGGGGAUCUGAAAAGGGGCACAUUGCCAUGAGUCUCGUUCAGCAGGAGCACUGGUCCUCUCUCGACUCUCCCAUUUGCUUAUUUGCUGGCAAGGUUGUCAGGGGUCCCUUUUUCUACCGUUCCCCCGACUACUUUAAGGCUGCCAAGUCUCUUUGUCGGCUUGAGGACGUUCUUGAGAACAACACCAUCAGGCUCGGCGUCAUGAUUGCGACUCGUGACGACUCCAACGUUAAUUCCUAG